AUCAUCAUCAUCAUCAUCAAUAACAACAACAACAACAACAACACCAACAACAACAGUCAUGUCUAAUAAAGCUGACCAAUUGUCUGAUACCUGCAUCUUUUUCCAGGUGAUAAAAGUGGACGAAUAUUCCCAGUCUGUGAGCACUGUCGGUCACGUAAACAUGGCGUGGGUAGAUCCUGGUUUAACCUGGAAUGCCCCUCUUUACGGCAACAUAACAAGGAUCCACUUCCCAGCUGACCAAAUCUGGCAUCCCAAUGUUUUACUCGGAAAUCCUGCAGACAACGACCAUUUUUCCAUCGGCUCUCAGAUUACUCUCCACAUAGGAGACCAAGGCAACGUGAGCAUGUCAGUUCCGGUGUUCCUAAAGACGACAUGUCACCUUGACCAUACCAUGUACCCUUUUGACGAUCAGGUGUGUUCCAUUGUCUUCAAUGCUAUUACAGAAAACGUGGUGGUGAGAAUGACAGAAGUAGCUUUGGGAGAAAUGUUCUCUUUUCAUCAGGAAGCUACGGAGUGGGCUAUAACAAGAAGAAAAGUGCAAAUUCCUAAAUAUUCGGGUACGACGUAUGAACCGAAUGUCGUCGUCUGCAAGAUAGGCCUGGCCAGACGUCCCCUCUACUACGUUCUCCUGCUGCUGGUGCCGAUGCUUGUGACGUCAAUGAUGACGGCAGUCGUGUUUUUCAUCCCUCCUUCAUCCGGGGAAAAGAUUUCCUUUCUGGUGUCCGUUUUCUUAUCCUAUGCGGUUUUUCUCAACUUUAUCGCGAGUACGCUGCCUCGCAGCAUCACGAACCUCCCACGUCUGGUCAUCUGCCUCUUGCUCGUUAUCAUCGAGAGCUUCCUGGCCAUGGUCGCCACAGUCAUUGUAAUUCGCCGCGACAAUUUGGAGAAGAAAACUUCCCAAAAGGACACUUCCACAUUCGCUUCAAAUCAAGAACCCCCAACGGAUUCUACUCCUGAUUUAGAGAGCAUCGGUACCGUCAGAAAAUGCCGGGACUCUGUGACAAGGAUAGAAGACUUCAAGCCCGUGCAGGCCACAGACGUCCAGAACCUCGACAGCAUGCAGCAGAAGCAAAGAUCCGACAGUAAAGAAUCGCUCUCCACCCGUCCUGUUGCAGCAGACGGGACACAAAGCUGCCGCGUUAGGACAACUGCACUGUCACUGGAUCACUUCUUCUUUUGUUGUUUUGUUGUGGCUAUCAUAAUGAUGUACUCUCUUGUCUGGAUCAUCCCCACUCCUUCUCAAGACUUUGAUUAGGAUCGCCAAACUAAAAUAAAAAUGGAAGCCAAAAUAAAUUGUAGCCCUCCCGUCGGAACUUAUUUGGUCUAGUACGCUUGUCGGGGGUCUCUUUUAUCAGUUGGUUAGAAGCGGAUCGUGGUGAUGACAUGCGCGACAGACGCUUUAACUUAGGCCUAGUGAAGAAUGAAGGCAAAAAGGUGGAAAGUGGCGGGAAACGAAGUCUACUUUCUCGAGGACGAUAACACCUUGGCCUAGGGAAGAUGAAAAUGGUACAGUUGUAGGUUAAGAUCUGCCUUGAGAAUGCAGACUGUUGAGGUGUAGGAAAGUCCAAGCUGCAGAUCGUAUAGUCUCAUGGGAAUCGACUAUUGAAAUCUGCACCCUGGUGACGUUUAAAGGCGUGUGGCUGGUGUGUGUUUGACCUGAAGUGGUCAUUUUAAGGAAAUGUUUACUUCUCAUUCGCUAUAGAUCCAAACUGACUGAACUUCUCUACUUGUGACACCAAAGGUCUUGAGAGCACCUAAGCAUUCUUUCCAUGCUGUGCGCAGAACUUACGAACCGUCAGGGAUCGUGAGUUUAUGGAGAGGUAACGUUCAAUACAAAAAGUUCUCUGCUCUUUACUAAACCCAACCAUGAUCUAAGCAAGUAAAUGAAAU